AUGAUUAUUAAUAAGCUCCCUGUUGCCAUUUCAGUGCUGGCAAACUUUCGUGGAACGGUUCAGCAUGGGCUGCCCCUGGAGAUCGGAGACACAGUGCAGAUUUUGGAGAAAUGUGAAGGAUGGUACCGAGGAUUCGUUGUAAAGAAUCCAAAUGUCAAGGGAAUAUUCCCAAGCAGUUACAUUCAUCUGAAACAUGCCCACAUUAAGAACAAGGGGCAGUUUGAGACGGUCAUCCCGACGGAGGAAUCGGUCAUCACGGAGAUGACGGUGACUUUGAGAGACUGGGGCACCAUGUGGAAACAGCUCUAUGUGAAGAACGAGGCCGAGCUCUUCCACAGACUCUGGCAUGUAAUGACAGAGAUCCUGGAGCUGAGACAGCAGGUCCUGCUCGGUCACCUGACCCACGAGCGCAUGACUGACAUCAAACAGCACAUUGUAGCGAGGCUCGACUGGGGUAACGAGCAGCUAGGAUUGGACCUGGUUCCCAGGCGGGAUUUCAGUAUGGUAGACCCAGAUGAGAUCAGCAUCACCGAGCUCUAUCGCCUGAUGGAGCGACGACACCGUAAGCGCGAGCCUCCACUUCAGGCCAACAUGCAUCACCUGUUUCUGCAGACCAACAGCUUGCUGAACUGCAGCCUGGCUGAAGAGCUCGAGGUCUUCUUCUUCAUCUACGACAGCAGGGAGAUGCAACCAAUCAGCGAGAGAUUUCUGGUGCGCCUCAAUAAGCAAGGGGUUCCUAAGUCACCUGAGAAAACAGAAAGGCAGUGCACGCUCUUUGUUGAUUUGGGAAGUAGCGAUCUCCGCAAAGAUGUAUAUGUUGUAGCUCAUAUUUUUAGAAUAGGGCGAAUGGUUGCUGGUGAGAAGAAGUCUGUGUGUAACACACAGUACAGACGCCCGUUUGGCUGCGCUGUGAUCAACGUGUGCGAUCUGCUGACAGCUGACUGCAAGGACGAGCACCUGCUCAAAGUUUACUCGUGCAAUACUGAAAGCGAGUGGUAUCAAAUCCAUGACAACAUUAUUCGGAAGGUCAGCUCCCGAUACAGCCAGGUCAGCUCCGGCACAGGACUUGCAGUUUCACUGCAGUUGCUGCACGGAGACCUGGAGCAGAUUCAGAAGGAAUACAUGCGUCUCUUCACACGCAACGUCUCCAUCACGAGGCGACUUGGCUUCUCUGAGAUCAUCAUGCCAGGUGAAAUCAGGAACGACCUCUAUGUGACCCUGGAGAGAGGGGAGUUUGAGAAAGGAGGGAAGAGCGUGGCGAGGAACGUUGAGGUCACCGUGUAUCUGCUGGGAGCUGAUGGCCAGGUACUGAAGGGUCUGGUGUAUUCAGGUUCAGGUGAGCCCGGGAUGGAUGAGUUCCACUCGUUUGUCCUGUACCAUAGUAACAGUCCUCGCUGGUCAGAGCAGAUCAAGCUGUGUGUUCCUCCAGAGCUGUUCAGACUCGCUCACCUGCGCUUCGAGUUCAGACACUGCUCUACAAAGGAGAAGGGAGAGAAAAAGCUGUUUGGUUUCUCAUUCGUGCCACUCAUGCAGGAGGAUGGAAGAACACUGCCGGAUGGCACUCACGAACUCAUCGUCCACAAGUGUGAAGAGACCGCAAACCUGCAGGACUUGUCUCGCUACCUCAAGUUGCCGUUCUCUAAAGCCAGUCUCCAGCCUGGCACUAACCAGACCAUGAAGAGCAGCAAAGAGUCCUUCUGGAUCCUCUCGACGCUCUGCUCCACCAAACUCACACAGAACGGUGACAUGUUGGAUUUGCUGAAGUGGAGAACCCAUCCGGACCGGAUCAUGGACGGCUUGUCCAAACUGAAGGACAUGGAUGGCACAGAGAUAGUUAAGUUUUUGCAGGACACCUUGGACACGCUGUUUGCCGUGUUAGAUGAGAGCCCACAGAGAUAUGGACUGAAAGUGUUUGACUGCCUGGUGCACGUCAUCAAUUUGCUGCAGGACAGUAAAUUCCAGCACUUCAAACCCGUCAUGGACAACUACAUUGAGAAUCAUUUUGCGGGGGCUUUAUCAUACAGAGAUCUGAUCCGAGUUUUGAAGUGGCAUGUGGACCGGAUCAUCGACGCUGAGCACCAUGAGCAGAUACAGCAGGUCUUGAAGGCUGCGGAGUACCUGUUUAAAUACAUCGUGCAGUCUCGCAGGCUCUAUGCAGCAGCGACUGUGGCACAGGGUGAGGACGAGUUCCGCUGCUCCGUCCAUGAACUCUUCAAAUCCGUCCAUCUGUUCCUUUCUCAUGAGAGCAAAGGAAUCAGCCCUGUCACACACACACAGGCUGUGUUCCUGAGGUCGUUUCCCACAGUUUGUUGUGAGCUGCUGAAGGUGUUCGGGGUCCGUGAGGUGGCGAAUCUGGCGCGCGACACACUGAGCAGUCUGCCCACUCUGACACACACAGACUGCCCCCUGCAGGCCGUCAAGCUCCAGUGUGUGGCCAAGACUGUAGAGAGCCCACUUUACACCAACCCAGAGUCGCGAUGUGUGCUCCUACCCGUGGUCCUCCAUCUCCUCCUCACUUACCUGAAGGAGCAGAAGGAGUUGGUUCUGUGUGCGAACAUCCUCACCAGCAUGCUGUCUCUCGUCCACAGAGACCCAAAUACAGAGUGUGUGGCACCUGAAGAAGUGAAUGUAAUAAUGGACAGUCUGUCUGGAGUGUUAUUGAGGACGAUACUGGAGGUAACAAACCGUCCCCAGCCAGCUGCCACCUCAAUGCGUCUGCAAUAUCAGGACGUGACUGGCGAGUUUGUGGCUUGUUUGCUGACUCUCCUAAGGCAGUUAAGUGAUAAGGACUAUCAGAAGCUCCUGAGCCGAUUCCCUACAAAAGAGGAGCUGGCGAAUUUUCUUCUGCAGCUGUUCACUGUCUUUAGAAUACUGAUUCGGCCAGAUAUGUUUCCUAAAGACUGGACAGUCAUGAGAUUGGUCACCAACAACGUGAUCAUCACCACGGUCCUGUAUCUCUCCGACACUCUCAGAAGCAACUUCCUUAAUGAGAAAUUUGACUUCAAGGUAUGGGAGUCUUAUUUUUACCUCUCGAUAAUAUUUGUCAUCCAGCCGUGUCUCCAGCUCGAGACGUUCCCUCCAUCCAAAAGGAAGAAAGUUCUGGAAAAGUACGGAGACAUGAGAGUGAUGAUCGGAUGUGAGAUCUUCAGCAUGUGGCAGAAUCUGGGAGACUAUAAAGUGAAUCUGAUCCCUUCUCUGAUUGGUCCGUUCCUGGAGGUGACCCUGGUUCCGCAGCCUGACCUGAGAAACGUCCUCAUCCCUGUCUUCCACGACAUGAUGGACAGCGAGGAACGCCGCAGUGGCAACUUCAAGCAGGUGGAGGCGAAGCUGAUAGACAAGCUGGAGAGUCUGAUGUCAGAGGGUAAAGGAGACGAGACCUAUAAGGAGCUCUUUAACAACAUAAUCCCGCUGUUUGGUCCGUAUCCGAGCCUGCUGAAAAAGAUUGAGAGAGAAACAUGGAGAGAGAGCGGAGUGUCUCAUAUAGCCACAGUUACACGGCUUAUGGAGAGAUUACUCGAUUACAGGGACUGUAUGAAGAUCGGAGACGUUGAUGGGAAAAAGAUCGGCUGUACUGUCAAUCUGCUGAACUUCUACAAGACGGAGCUGAAUAAAGAAGAGAUGUAUAUCCGAUACAUCCAUAAGCUCUACGAGCUCCACCUUAAAGUCCAGAACUACACAGAGGCAGCGUACACUCUGCUGCUGUAUGAUGAGCUGCUGGAGUGGACAGAGAGGCCUCUGAGGGAGUUCCUCACCUACCCCAUGCAGAGCGAGUGGCAGAGGAAAGAGUGUUUACACCUCAGCAUCAUCCAUAACUUCGACAGGGGGAAGUGUUGGGAGAACUGUAUCAUCCUUUGCCGAGAACUGGCCAAUCAGUAUGAGGCUUACUACGACUACAGGAACCUGAGCAAAAUGAGACUGAUGGAGGCUUCUCUCUACGAUAAGAUAAUGAAUCAACAGAGGCUCGAACCGGAGUUCUUUAGAAUUGGGUUCUAUGGGAAAAAGUUCCCCUUCUUCUUACGGAAUAAAGAGUUUGUGUGUCGGGGGAAUGAUUACGAGCGGUUGGAGGCGUUUCAGCAGAGGAUGCUGAGCGAGUUUCCUCACGCCAUCGCCAUGCAGCACGCCAACCAACCCGACCAGACCAUACUGCAAGCCGAGGCACAGUACCUGCAGAUCUACGCAGUCACUCCUGUCCCAGAGAAUCAGGAUGUGCUGCAGAGAGACGGAGUGCCCAGUAACAUCAAGAGCUUCUACAAAGUCAACCAUAUCUGGAGGUUCCGCUAUGACCGACCCUUCCACAAGGGGACUAAAGAUAAAGAGAAUGAGUUCAAGAGUCUGUGGGUGGAGAGGACCACACUGAGUCUGGCGCAGAGUCUCCCAGGCAUAUCUCGCUGGUUCGAGGUGGAGAAACGGGAGCUGGUGGAGAUGAGUCCUCUGGAGAACGCCAGCGAGGUGAUUGAGAAUAAAACCCUGCAGCUGCGCACACUGAUUGCGCAGUGCCAAACACGGCAGAUGCAGAAUAUCAACCCGCUGACCAUGUGCCUGAACGGGGUGAUCGACGCCGCUGUGAACGGAGGACUCGCUCGCUACCAGGAGGCGUUCUUUGCAAAAGAUUACAUUUCCAAUCAUCCGGAGGAUGGAGAUAAGAUCACCCGUCUCCGAGAGCUCAUGUUUGAGCAGGCACAUAUUCUGGAGUACGGUUUGGCUGUACAUGAGAAAUUCGUUCCACAGGACAUGCGUCCGCUGCACAAAAAACUCAUCGACCAGUUCCAUGUGAUGCGAUCCAGUCUGGGCAUACAGGAGUUUCCUGCGUAUGUGCGUGUCAGCCCUCUGCACUUUGCCAAUGGCAGUCCUCGAACCUGCAGGACUCCUGUCCCGAACACCAUCAGUCCAGACGGAGGACGAAUAGUGGCGCGACGCAGUCCCCUCAGUUACCCGGCUGUCAAUCGCUAUUCGUCAUCCUCACUGUCAUCACAGGCCUCCAACGACGUCAGCAACAUCACAGGCCAGUCAGAGAGCUCGGAUGAAGUCUUCAACAUGCAGCCAAGUCCGUCUACCUCAAGCCUCAGCUCGAACCACUCUGGCUCUCAUAACGUGAACAACUCAGCUCCGACAAGCAAUAGAGCGUCUCCACUGCCGUUGGACAAACACAAGCAUUCGAAAGAGAAUGCGUGUCUCUCACCCAGAGACCGACUGUGCAGUGGUGUUUUCUCCAACCCUUUGGACCCCACACAGAGGAUGAUGCCGUUCCAGAUAGACGCAAGUUUGCCACGCUGUGAGGCCAGUUUCCCCACAGCAGAAACUGCAGCUCAAGGCAAGAACAUAAGGUCUUUGUCUCCAAUGCCAACCUCUAAGUCUCCUCAAAAGACCUCCGUUCCUCCCCUCACCCCUUCUCCGACUGACGGUUUGCCCACGGGCAGCUUGGCGUCCCACUCACCCGCCCGCUCUGGCAGCUACAGCAGUGGCAUCUCCUCUCUCAGUCGCUGCAGUAUGUCUGAGACAUGUGGCAUCGAUGCAGCACCUGAGCCAUCCAUGCCUGCAGUCCUGCCCGUUGACAAUGCCAUUCGGCGCGGCAGCAAGACGCCGCCGCCCUACAGCGUGUACGAAAGGAACAACCCGCGCCGCGCCACCCCACUGCCCCACAGCCUGUCCGUGCCACCUGCUACAGACAGCACCAACCUGCCCGCCAAACCACAACUAAGCCGCACGCAAAGGAUCAACUCGGAACCACGGCACAGGAUCACGCCACGGAAAGUCUCCCAGCUGUAG